ACACUGAAAUUCCGUGAAAAAUGAGUGCCGCCCCACCGCAAUUAAAAUGGGGGAUUGUUAAACAAGUCCUCUCUGGUGACUCAGUAAUCAUUCGUGGUCAGCCUCAGGGAGGCCCCCCUCCGGAGAAGCAGAUCAACUUCUCGAAUGUUCUGGCACCGAAAUUGGCCAGGAGGCCAGGAGGUGCCAACACUGGCGAGGACAAUCGUGACGAGCCAUGGGCUUGGGAGUCUCGGGAGUUUCUGCGUAAGAAGCUCAUCGGUGAGGAGGUCUAUUUCACCUGCGAGCGUCCACAGAAGUCCAACAGGGACUACGGUGUGGUGUACCUGGGCAAGGAUCCCGCAACUGCCCAGAACAUUACGGAACUCAUUGUGGCUGAGGGCUUAGUGACUGUGCGCAGGGACAGUAGUCAUACCUCCCCAGAGCUGGCGAAGCUAGUGGAACUGGAGGAUGCUGCGAAAUCCAGUGGGAAAGGAAAGUGGAGCAGCUCUCCAGCAUCUGACCAUAUUCGCAACAUCAAGUGGACGCAGGAUAACCCGCGCAAUUUUGUGGAGCAGUUCCAUGGGAAGCCAAUUAAGGCUAUUAUUGAGCAUGUUCGCGACGGUUCAACAAUUCGCGCCUUCCUCCUCCUGCCUGACUUCAACUACAUCACCCUCAUCAUGUCUGGCAUUCGUUGUCCCGGCUUUAAGUUGGACAGCGAGGGUAAACCCGAUCCGAGCGUCACUGUUCCCUAUGCUGAGGAAGCUCGUUACUUUGUGGAGUCACGACUUCUGCAGCGCGACGUGGAAAUUGUCCUGGAGUCCGUGAACAACGCCAACUUUGUGGGUUCCAUCCUGUUCCCUAAGGGUAAUAUUGCCGAAGCUCUCCUGCGAGAGGGAUUCGCCAAGUGCGUGGACUGGAGCAUGGCCUUCAUGAAGUCUGGUGCCGAAAAGCUGAGGGCUGCUGAGAAGCAAGCAAAGGAGAAACGCUUGCGCCUGUGGAAGGAUUAUCAGUCGAAUGUUCAGAACUUCAGUGGCAAGGAAAAGGAUUUCUAUGGUACCGUGGUUGAGGUGUACAAUGGUGAUGCACUGAGUGUUAAGAGUCCGAGUGGUGCUAUUAAGAAAGUCUUCCUGGCCAGCAUUCGUCCACCACGCGAAGCCGCGCGAGUGGCUGGUGAAGAUGGAAAAGUUCCACCGCGCUCCAAGAACCGUCCCUUGUAUGAGAUUCCGUGGAUGUUUGAAGCCCGUGAGCAACUCAGGAAGCUCAUCGGGAAGAAGGUUCACUGUGUCUUGGAUUAUAUUUCACCUGCCCGGGAUAACUUCCCUGAGAAGUACUGUUACACCGUAACAUUGGGCAAAACCAAUGUGGCUGAAGCUCUGGUGGCUGAAGGUCUUGCCACUGUAGUGAGAUACCGUCAGGAUGAUGAUCAGCGCUCCUCCCAAUACGAUGGACUUCUAUCGGCAGAGGCUCAAGCCAGUAAAGCCGGAAAAGGUGUUCAUGGCAAGAAGGAUAAACCCGCCCAUCGAAUUACCGACCUCACUGUCGAACAUUCCCGCAUCAAGCACCAGUACUUGCCAUCGUGGCUGCGCGCCCUCAAGACGGAUGGCAUUGUGGAGUUUGUGGCGAGUGGUUCCCGCUUCAGGAUCCUCAUCCCUAAAGACAGCUGUUUGGUGACAUUCCUCUUGGCGGGUAUUUCGUGUCCGCGCUCAGCUCGUCCUGCUGCCAAUGGUGUUCCAGCCCAGGAGGGUGAACCCUAUGGGGAUGAAGCACUCAAUUUCACCAAGGAAAGGAUUCUGCAACGAGAUAUUUCGGUGCAUAUUGAGGCCACUGACAAGGCUGGCACCAGUGUCAUUGGGUGGCUGUGGACCGAAGGAAAUGUGAAUCUAUCGGUGGCUCUCGUAGAAGAGGGUUUGGCCACGGUACACUUCACGGCGGAAAAAUCUGAGUACUAUCGUGCUCUGAAAUCUGCUGAGGACAAUGCUAAGGCCAAGAAGAAGAACAUCUGGUCGACGUAUGUUGAGGAAGUGGAGGGAGAGAAAGACAAGGAUGCCGAUGGUGAGGAAAAGGAAGAGGAUAAGGUGACCGAACGGAAGGUGAAUCAUGAAAAAGUGGUGAUCACCGAAGUGACACCUGAGUUACACUUCUUUGUCCAGCAUGCUGAACAGGGAGCCAAGCUGGAGGCUCUGAUGGCAAAACUCAGGCAGGACUUUAGUGUUUCGCCGCCAAUUCAGGGAGCCUACACGCCCAAACGAGGCGAUCUCUGUGCGGCCAAAUUCACGGAGGACAAUGAUUGGUAUCGCGCUAAAGUGGAACGUGUUCACAAAGCCAAUGUCUCCGUCUCGUACAUUGACUAUGGCAACAAGGAGGUGCUUCCGACAUCACGCCUUGCGAUGCUUCCACCCGCCUUCACCACGGAUAAGCCAUUUGCUACGGAAUUCGCACUGGCUUUGGCUCAACUUCCCCCAGAUGAUGAAGAUAAGCAGGAGGCCUAUAAAACGUUCCUGCAGGACGUGGCCAACCGCACUCUUCUCCUCAAUGUGGAGUACAAGGCCAAUGGUCUGGCUCAUGCCACUGUCCAGGAUCCAACCACUAAGAUCGAUAUUGGCAAGGCUCUCAUCAGCGAUGGCUUCAUCCUCUGUGAGAAGCGCCGAGAGGGCAAGCUGGCCAAACUCCUUGAAGAAUACAAGGAAGCUGAAGCGGCUGCCAAGAAGGCCCACAAUGGUAUUUGGGAAUAUGGGGACAUCACUGAAGAUGAUGCCAAGGAAUUUGGUGCCGGCCGCUAAAUUGGUGUUCUCUGGCUUUUCAAAAAGCAAGACGCGCCCUCGUGAGAAUCAUUCAUGGAAAUUCUUUUGCUUUUAUUCUUUUUUUUUUUUUAAUUGAACAAAGUUUUGUUCUACCGUCUGACCUUUUUUAUAAAUCUAAUCUCUUCCCCAUACAAAGCCCAGAAAAGUUAAGGAACAAAUUUUAAUCCAGGUAAUAUCCAAAAUUAUGGAUCAAAAACUAAAUAAUUCUAUCGGUCGCUGAGACGUUAUUGCCUUUCGGUUCGGUAAUUUAUAUAGAAAAUGAACAUCAGUUAUGCAGAAAACAUAGAGAAUAGCUAUUAUCAAAAGUUGAAUGAGUAAUUCUCCUCCUCAAAUGUUUUAUACAAACGAUUUUAAAAUUGAAUAAUAAAAAUUUUAGAAUUGA